AUGGCCCCUCUUGCUUCCUCCCCCCACGUUGGUACCCGGGAAGAAGCCGGAAAUUCCGCGUCCGGCUCCUAUUCCCGUCCCCCGGCCCGCAGAUCCCUGGUCCGCUGGGUGCUCCCGCGGGUGACCGGGGCUGAGUUAACGCUCCCUUCUCUCUGUCCUGACGCGCUGUGUAGGUACAAGCCGCCAACCACGGAGAACAACCCCACGCUGGAAGACCCCACUCCCGAUUACAUGAACCUGCUGGGGAUGAUUUUCAGCAUGUGCGGCUUAAUGCUGAAGCUGAAGUGGUGCGCUUGGAUUGCCGUCUAUUGCUCCUUCAUUAGCUUUGCCAACUCCAGAAGCUCAGAGGACACCAAACAGAUGAUGAGCAGCUUCAUGUUGUCUAUAUCUGCUGUGGUGAUGUCCUAUCUACAGAACCCCCAGCCCAUGUCCCCGCCAUGGUGAGGAGAUUACAGCUCCCUGAAAAUCGCAACGAGAAACUGUCAGGGGAGAGGAAGGGCCCACAGGCUAUAACCAUCUGUGUGUAUGAACACUGUGUUGAAACACUUGGGGAUCUAAAUAAAUGGGUGGUUGCUGUAGGAGCUUUGAUUCAAAAAUAACCUCUGUGUGUGUAGAAUGGGGCCUUUCAACUCUCUGUCUCCAGUUUCAGGAGCGGCUUAAGGUAUUUACCAUGUAACUGAUAUUUUGUGGUUCUUAGUCCCGUUUCCAAGGACCUGCAUUGUAAAUAAAACAACGAGGAGUCGAUGGCA